AUGAAGUUCAUCUCCGUCCUCGGCGCGCUCGGGACCCUCGCGUCGACCGUCUCCGCGGUCAAGGUGAACCCACUUCCCGCGCCCCGCAACAUCACUUGGGGCUCCUCCGGUCCGAUUCGCGUUCGCCAGGUCGCCCUCCGGACCACCGACAGUCACGGACACACGCAUGCCGUGGUCAAUGAGGCCUGGGAACGUGCCUGGGCUACCAUCACUAAUCUCCAAUGGGUCCCUGCAGCUGUUGAAGCUCCCAUCUCCUCGUUUGAGCCCUUCCCCACCGCCGCCCCCGAGCCCUCGGCCUCGGCCAAGGCCAAGCGAGCAAGUACGGCAAAAGCCAUUCAGUCGGUCCAGUUGUCCGUCAUUGACGGAGACGCGGACCUCCAGCACGGGGUUGACGAGUCAUACACCCUGGAAGUGACGGCGACGGCCGGCAGUGUCAAGAUCACGGCCCAAACUGUGUGGGGUGCUCUUCACGCGUUCACCACGCUGCAACAGCUGAUUAUCUCCGAUGGCCGGGGCGGGCUCAUCAUUGAGCAGCCGGUGAAGAUCCAGGAUGCGCCUCUGUACCCGUACCGGGGUAUCAUGAUGGAUACGGGACGCAACUUCAUCUCCCUGCAGAAGAUCCUCGAGCAGAUCGACGGCAUGGCUCUCUCCAAGCUCAAUGUUCUACACUGGCACCUGGAUGACGCCCAAUCAUGGCCGAUGGAGAUGCGCUCUUACCCGCAAAUGACCAAAGAUGCUUACUCGGCCCGCGAGGUGUACACGGCGGCCGAUAUCCGCCGGGUAAUUUCCUACGCCCGAUCCCGCGGGGUCCGGGUAAUCCCCGAGGUCGACAUGCCCGGCCACUCGUCCUCGGGCUGGAGACAGAUCGACCCGAAGAUUGUGGCGUGCGAAAACUCGUGGUGGUCCAACGACGUGUGGGAGUACCACACGGCCGUCGAGCCGAAUCCGGGUCAGCUGGACAUCAUCUACCCCAAGACCUACGACGCGGUGCGCAACGUCUAUACCGAACUGUCGGGCAUCUUCACCGAUAACUGGUUCCAUGUCGGCGCGGACGAGCUCCAGCCUGGCUGCUACAACUUCAGCUCCUAUGUCAUGGACUGGUUCGCGGAGGACUCAUCGCGUACCUACAAUGAUCUUGCGCAGUACUGGCUCGACCACGCCCUGCCCAUUUUCCGCAGCGUGGGCUCGCACCGUCGCAUGAUGAUGUGGGAGGACAUCGCGCUGGGCACCGAGUCGGCUAACGACGUACCCAAGGACAUUGUGCUGCAGAGCUGGAACAAUGGCUUGACCAACAUCCAGAACCUCACGGCCCGUGGCUACGACGUUGUCGUCUCAUCGUCUGAUUUCCUGUACCUGGACUGCGGCAAGGGUGGCUUCGUCACCAAUGACCCGCGCUACGACGUGAUGUCCAACCCUACCGGCGAUGUCACCUUCAACUACGGCGGCAUUGGGGGCUCCUGGUGUGCGCCGUAUAAGACCUGGCAGCGCAUCUACGACUACGACUUCACGUCCAACCUCACCGAGUCGCAGAAACGCCACGUUCUGGGCGCUGAGGCGCCUUUGUGGUCUGAGCAGGUUGACGACGUGACAAUUUCUAGCCAGUUCUGGCCGCGGGCUGCUGCGCUCGGCGAGCUUGUCUGGUCCGGCAACCGCGACGCCUCUGGCCAGAAACGCACUACGCAACUCACCCAGCGUCUGCUGAACUUCCGCGAGUAUCUUGUUGCGAAUGGAGUGAUGGCCACUGCCCUCGUACCCAAGUACUGUCUCCAACAUCCCCACGCCUGCGACCUAUACUACAACCAGACCGCAGUGUCUCCUUGA